GACGAUCGAUGUGGCGCAAGACCACUUUUCCACGGCGCACCGCACGUUUACGCUGCUCGAUGCGCCCGGACAUCGCGACUUUAUUCCCAACAUGAUCUCGGGCGCAGCGCAGGCGGAUUCGGCACUGCUCGUCGUCGACUCGAUCCUCGGCGCCUUUGAGGCCGGAUUCGGCCCCAACGGCCAGAUGCGCGAGCAUGCGCUGCUGGUGCGCAGCUUGGGCGUGCAGCAGCUCGUCGUCGUCGUCAACAAGCUCGACGCGGUCGGAUACAGCCAGGAGCGCUACGACGAGAUCGUGACCAAGGUCAGACCGUUCCUCACCUCGUGUGGAUUCGAUGCGGCCAAGCUGCGGUUCGUGCCGUGUGGCGGAUCGGUGGGCGAGAACUUGGCGGUGAGGGAGGAAGGCGGCGAUCUGUCAAAGUGGUACGAUGGACCGACACUCGUCGAGGUGCUGGACAAGCUCGAGCCGCCGGCGCGGCUGCUGGAUGGACCGCUGCGCCUGCCCGUGACCAACGUGUUCAAAGGCCAGACGGCGAUUGCGUCGGGCGUGGGCGUGUCGGGCCGAGUGAUUUCGGGAAUCGUUCAGAUCGGCGACCGACUGCGACCUGUGCCCGGCGACGAGUCGGGUAUGGUGCGUGCGAUCGAAGUCGACUCCGAGGCGGUACCCUGGGCGGUGGCGGGAGCCAAUGCGACCGUAUACCUCAGUGGCAUUGACCAGAUCCAGAUCGCGGUUGGUGCGGUGCUGUGCUCGCCGUCGCAGCCGAUUGCGCUGUGCGACUCUUUCAUGGCGCAGGUGCUGGUGUUUGAGCCCACGUACCCGCUCGUGGCGGGCACGAGCAUCGAGCUCUUCCACCACAGCGCCAACAUCCCCGCGACCCUCACCGAGCUCGUAGCCAUCCUGGACAAGACGACGGGCGCAGUCGCCAAGGCCAAGCCGCGUGUGCUCACCAAGGGCUCCACGGCCAUUGUGCGCGUGGCGGUCAAGGCGGGCGGAGCAGCGGGCCAGAGCAGCGGCAUCCCCAUCGAAGAUGCCAAGAGCAACAAGGAGAUGGCGCGCGUGCUCAUGCGCAUGAACGGCGAAACUGUCGCUGCGGGCAUUGUCAUGGAAACACACUCUGCCACCUAG